ACAGUACACACCUCAUCACAUGGGUCAAAGUACAAAUGUUUUUUGUUUUUUUAUGACAGACUUUGGCCGUUUGGCUUUGCAGUGUCAGGCGAGAACAGACUCAGAGAUUCACCAGGACUGCAGGAUGCGUUGCCUAAAUGAAGGAUUGCUCCUUAAAGCUGAGCUCAGUUGCCUCAGAGCUUCAGUUCUCCAUCACACUGUGAUCCUCCUCCUCCUGACAGGCUCUUGUAGAGGCCAGGCUCAGGGUGCUCAACCAUCUCUGAGAAUCAUGACAUUAGUUGGUGAAGACGUGGUGCUGCCGUGCCUCCUGGAACCUCCCCUGGAUGCUGUUUCAAAGAGCGUGGAGUGGGCGAGACCUGACCUGGAGCCCAGAUUUGUCCAUGUGUGGCAUGAAGGUCAAGACCACCUGGUGAACCAAAACCCGUCUUACAGAGGCAGAACAUCAGUGUCCAUCGACAAACUGAAGCAGGGAGACCUUUCACUGCUUCUGUCUGCAGUGAAACUCUCUGAUAAUGGACUCUACAGAUGCUACUUUCCCUCACAAGACAAAAAAACAAAUGUUGAGCUUGUUAUUGGUUCUGUCGCUUCACCAGUCAUAGCUGAGAUAAACAUAAACAGCAGUGCAGUGGUUCUACAGUGUAACUCUGCCGGCUGGUAUCCAGAACCUGAGGUGUUCUGGCUGGACGGUGAGGGAAACCUCCUCUCUGCUGGACCUACAGAGACAGUCAGAGGUCCUGAUGACCUCUAUACUGUCAGCAGCAGAGUGACUGUGGAGAAGAGACACAGCAACAGCUUCACCUGUAGAGUCCAACAGAACCACACCAACCAGACCAGAGAGACUGAAAUCAAGCUUUCAGCUGUCUGUUUCGAGGCCACAUCUUGUUCUGCUCAUGUUGCUGUUCUUGUGGUUUUUGUGCUCCUUGUUAUUCUUGCAGCAGCCUGUGUUGUGUGGAAAUGGAGACAAAACCAAAUCAAAGAAAGAAAGAAACAACACGAGGAUCAAACUGAAAGAGAGCAGCUCAUCACAGAGAAGAAGAGAACCGAAGAGCUUGAAGAAAAGUUACAGAAGAAAGAGAAGGAACUGAAGAAGAAAGAGGAGACGUUACAGGAGAAAGAGGAGACGCUGAAGAAGACUGAGGACACGAGGAAGAAGAAAGAUGAGAGGUUGAAGAGGAAUGAGGACUUUGAGCAGGAGGUUCAUAAUAAACUGACUGAACAAAGUGAGGAACUGAAAAAGCAGAAAGACAAACUGAAGCAACAAAAGGAGGACAUGGAGACAAACAUUAACAAUAUGGAGAAAGAGAUGCAGUCAGUGGAGAAGAUGGCAGAAGGUGAACGAUUCUUCAAAUUGAAAGAAAUCACAUUAACUGCCAAAACUCAGCUGAACAGGAGAAGACAAGAAGAUGAAAAUCUUCAGCUACAAACAGAGACAAUACAGAAGAAAAAUCAUGAAAUGUUGAAUAUGAUCACAGACAGGAAGAAGCAGGAACCACAAGAAGAAAGUCAGUGA